CUGUGAUUGGGUAAAUAACAAACCACCCACAGACUGUAGUAGGGAGAAGUUUAUCGCUAGCCUAGUCUGGGAGCGAAUGCGGCCAGGUGAGAGGGCAUGAGCCAGGUGGACCACCGCGGAGGGUCUGCUGAAACCCACGGACAUUAACCAGAGACAGGCCCGGGCUCCGAGUGAGUCAGCCCGCUCGCUCUCUGCACGAGAGACCGCUGUUAGCCGUUAGCACCACGGCUAACACCGCAGAGAGGGCGACCUGAGCCCCAGAAAAGAGAAGCAGCCGACCCGGACACUGGGGAGACCUUAAGGGGGCUGGGAGUUAGAUUUAGAUCCCGAGACAGUUGGAGUUCUAUCCCGGGACAGCCUGGAGGUGGCGUUCCCCGGUCGUGUGGUUCUCCUGCCCCGCCUGCCCUCCUCUCUCUGACCGCACACCGCGCUGUGUCGGCGGCGUUCGAGCAUGCUAACUGGGAUGUGUCUCUUUAGCUAACGGAGCUAGCUCGGUGUCUGUUGUGUCCCAGGUACGAGCGGUCUCACCUGUACUGACUCUGCAUUACCCGUAUGUUAAUGAGGAACCAGCAGGCUGCGAUCAGACGCGGAGCAUGCGGAAGGAGGAGAGGCUCCAUAUAAGCAGAUAGGAGAAAAGCGAGCUAACUUUGGACUGAUUUAGCACCGAGCACGGACUGUUAGCGGAGCUCCAGGAUGAAGAAGUUCUCCAGGAUGCCGAGGUCGGAGAGCGGGGGGCUCGGUGGGCCGUCCGGAUCCAGCUCCGGGCUCAGCAGCUACCUGGGCAAGGUGUUCUCCGUGGGCAGGUACCAGGUCACCGUGGAGGAGCUGGUGGCAGAGGGAGGAUUCUCGGUGGUGUUUUUGGCUCGUACUCACAGCGGUGUCCGCUGUGCUCUGAAGAGGAUGUACGUCAACAACGUCCCCGACCUGAACGUCUACAAGAGAGAGAUCACCAUCAUGAAGGAGCUGUCGGGUCAUAAGAACAUCGUGGGUUACCUGGACUCAACCAUCAGCGCCGUGUCGGACAGCGUGUGGGAGGUCCUCAUCCUCAUGGAGUACUGUAAAGCUGGUCAGGUGGUGAAGCAGAUGAACCAGCGUCUAAACGUGGGAUUCAGCGAAGCCGAGGUUCUCCACAUCUUCUGUGACACGUGUGAGGCCGUCGCUCGUCUGCACCAAUGCAAAACUCCAAUCAUCCAUAGGGACCUAAAGGUUGAGAACAUCCUGCUGAACGAUCAGGGGAACUACGUCCUGUGUGACUUUGGCAGUGCCACUCAUAAAGUUUUACUUCCUCAAAAAGACGGCGUGACGGCGGUGGAGGACGAGAUCAAAAAGUACACGACGCUGUCCUAUCGCUCUCCUGAGAUGAUUAACCUGUACGCGGGUAAAGCCAUCACCACCAAGGCUGAUAUCUGGGCUCUCGGCUGCUUGUUGUACAAGCUGUGUUUCUUCACUCUUCCUUUUGGGGAGAGUCAGGUCGCCAUAUGUGACGGGACUUUUAACGUUCCGGAUAACUCCAAGUUCUCCUACAAGCUGCACUGUCUGAUCAGAUAUAUGCUGGAGCCAGACCAGGAGAAGAGACCAGACAUCUACCAGGUGUCUCACUUUGCCUUCAGACUCGCCGGAAAGGACUGUCCAGUGCCAAACCUCUUUAACUCCCCCAUCCCGACGUCUCUCCCCGAGCCGCUAACGGCGAGCGAAGUCGCCGCCAAGAAGAGUAUGACGAAAGCACGGAUCACAGACUCUGUGGGUCCCACUGAGACUUCGAUUGCUCCCAGACAGAGACCCAAAGCAGCCAACAGUAACGUCCUGCCGCUCGCCAACACCGUCACGCCGGUGAAGAUGGGCGUGCCAUCGGCGCCUGUCAGCAACGGUCAGAAGGCUCCUACGCCGGGCUCAGGGCAGCCGUCUGUUCAGCAGCAGCAGCAGCAGCCCAGCAGCCAGCAGCACCGAGUCCUGCAGCAGCUGCAGCCUGGCGACCUUCGUCUGCAGCAACUACAGCAGCAACAUCAUCAUCAUCAACAGCAGCAACAGCAGCAACAAGCACUGCAGCAACAACAACAAGCAACCGCUCAGCAACUCCAAUACCUCCAGUACCAGCAGGCUGUGCAGCAGUCUCUGCAGCUCCAGCAGCAGCAGGCUCUCCUCCAGCAGCAGCACAUGAUGAUGGCGCCCGUCUACCAGCAGCACGUGGCUCAGGCUCAGUACGCCGCCAUGCUGCACCAGUACCAACAGGCUUUUGUGCAACAGCAUCAACAACAUCAGCAGCAACAUCCUCCCCCCACCUCGUCUCAGCCGUCUCUCCCCUUCAUGUCGUCCCCACGAGAGUUUCAGCUCCCGCUGAGCUCCUUUAACUCCACCACGCCCCCUGCUGGACCUGCAGCUACACCUGGGCAGGUGGGCGGGCCGUCACCUGUGGAUCCAUCAUACACUAACUCUAGUAGAAACCCCCUGCUGGCAUCAGACGGGGUCCCCCCGCUCUCUCAGAGCAGUAACCCCCCCGACAUGUCUCGCUGGAACCCGUUUGGCGAGGACAACUUCUCCAAACUGACCGAGGAGGAGCUGAUUGACCGCGAGUUUGACCUGCUCAGAGCAAAGAAACCUGUGGAGCGAGCAGCGAGCGUGGAAACGGACCGACCCCCGCCAGCUAGGUCCCUCCCCCCUGAGGACCUGUUCGGCUCGGUCCCGUUUGUGGCGAGCGCAGGUCCAGAUGUGAAGACGACCGAGCCGACCACUGACACCCCCAGACUUCCCGCUCCCGUCUCAGACCCUGCAGACAUCCUGGAGCUGGCGGCGUCCGUCAAAGAGCAACGGUCGGGGAAAAAGGGCCGAUCGGGAGAAGAGUCCGACAGCGACUUUGAGUCCGACCCUCCAUCGCCCAAAAGCAGCGAGGAUGAGGAGCAGGAGGAGGACGAAGGUUUGAACAGCGAGCACGGCGAAGACACGGAGCCUGAGAUUUCAGGGCAGCGCCCUCUGCUGAUGGACUCUGAGGAGGAAGGCGAGGAAGAUGAAGACAAGCACAGCUCCGACUCCGACAAUGAGCGUGGUCGCGCCAAGACCCGCUCAAAGAAAGCUGCUAAAACGGCCACCAGGGGGGGCCGAAGAGAAGAGGCCACUUUGAUCACGCCGCCCCAGUCACCAAGUGGGGGGCGUGGUGCUCCUCAGAGCACUGUGGAUGUGUUUGGUGCUGUUCCUUUUGUGGGCGGAGCUUCACCGGUCAGCCCUCCAGAGAACGCUGACAUCUUUGCCAAAGCUCCGUUCAGACAGGUGAGCGAGGAAAGGCGAGUGAUGGAUGAGUUUGACGUUUUCACCAAAGCGCCCUUCACCAGAAACCUGUCCAGGUCAGGGCGGGGCGGAGGAGAUGUAGCCAUGGGACAUACUCCGCCCAUCUCUCCUGAAGGCAUUGACAUUUUCGGUUUCUCACCCUUCCAGCCUGGCCCCAACGACGCCCCGCCCACUACAUCCAGGAGCGCAGAGGACAUCUUCAGGCCGUCGUUUGACGAGUCGGCGAGUCCUCAGCAGCAGCGCCUGAAGCAGCGAAGCCUCCAGAAACUCUCGUCUCGCCAGAGAAAAACCAAACAGGAGCCGGCGGGCGGAAAUGGGAAACGCCACCACGGCACGCCAACUGGAGGACGCAAGGGCAACAAGGCCACGUACCGCACCCCUGAGAGAGUCCGCCGCCACAAGAAGGUCGGCCGCCGAGACUCGCAGAGCAGCAACGAGUUCCUGAGUACGUCUGACUCGAAGGAGAACAUUAGUGUUGACAUCACCAUGGCCGAAGGGAAGGACAAGGGCGCUGCCCUGCAGGUCGAUGAUGCCAUGCUCGACCCGUUUGGAGCCAAACCCUUCCACCCACAGGACGCCGGACGCUACCCAGGCCUCUCUGAGACCCGAAACGACACUGCCAACAAGUCCUGGUCUGGGCCACUGCACGCCACUCUGGGAGAGAGCAAGGUGAUGGAUGACUUUGGGGCGGUGCCUUUCACAGAAAUGGUCGUUCAUGGCGGACCUCAGCAGGCUCUGCCCCCUCAGCCUGUAGAGCUGGACCCGUUCGGAGCGGCCCCGUUUCCCUCCAAACAGUGACUCAAACGUCUUUGUCCAAUCAGGAACGGACAAGCUAACGGCUGCACUCUACUUCUCUAACACAGUUUAAGAAUUAAGCCCCGCCUCCUGUGGACUGAUAGAAUCAAGCUCUGCCUCCUGUGGACAGAUAGGAUUAAGCUCCGCCUCCUGUGGACUGCUGGUGUCCCCUUCUAAUGCUGCGUAACCACGUGUGAAUCGUCUGAGCUCUUUCUUGCCGUGUGGCGCCUUCGUAUCUCGCCGCGUGGCGCACUCUACUGCUGCCUUCUGUUUUAGCACCAUGAAGCCUUACUGAGCUGGGCUGGCUCCGCCUCUGAACCCUGACACGGUGGCGUGGUGUCCUCUUGUGUCAGAGGACUCGUGUGGGAGUUGACCUGGGACCACUUAGUCAUCCUAGACGUUCUCUAUGCAGAGCUCGCCGCCGUCUUCUCGCCGCCCUGCGUGGCUCUUUCUUCUGUUUUUACUCUGAAUGAAGGGAUGAAUUUACCGCUCUUCUCUAAACCAGUUCAUCUGCUCGGUCAGAUUUAGGCUUUAACGGUUCCUUUUUUCUAGCAGUGAACGUCUCUGUAAAACUUAACUUCCUUUUUUAUGAAAUAACAACUCGACACUUCCUGUUCAAAUAAGAAAUAAAACACAAAGUCACCAACA